UUUUUACGGAUUUGAAGCCCAUGUUCGACUCGUAUACAAUUUUUAAUGUUUUGAAAACAUGGCGCUCACAUUGUCAGAAGAAGUCAUUCGAAAUCGUGUGAAUCUACAACACGACAAUUUAGAGGAUGUCAAAGCUUUAUCACUACCAGGGACCUAUCAUGAGAAGGUCGUUUGUCUGGGAAAUUCUCUUCGGAAGUUUUCCAGAUUAAAGUCACUAGAUCUCUCAAGGAAUUCCAUAGCUAGUCUACAGGGUCUGGAACAUUUAAAGUUGCUGGAGAAGCUCAAUCUAUAUUACAACAAUAUAGAGACAAUGGAUGAGUUGAAGAAAUUGCGAUUUAACACGAGUCUGAAGGAUCUAGAUCUGCGACUGAACCCCAUCACCCGCACAGAACCGGACUACAGACUCUACAUGAUUCACAUGCUGCCAAACUUACAAAAACUGGAUGACAGAGGCGUGAGGGACAGAGAAAGACAGGCCGCCCUGGUCCACUUCAGUUCUAGUCAGGCUACAGAGAUGACCCAUCACCCCCGCCAAGAGGAGCCUGAACAGAGAGCACCCAACCCACGGGCAGAGAUGGUCAGGGGGGUCGGCAAAGGGGUCAGUGCCCUAGAUGAUGAUGAUGUAGCUGUCCUUGACCUAAUAGCAAGGUCAGGUGGUGACCUUAGUCGACCUCGUCCAAUAACUGGGUCAUCUGCAAAAGAAGACCAAGCACAGGAGUACUCAUUGGAUGUUUUGAAAAGCAUGGAUACUGAACAAACAGAUAGCCCUAGGGAGAGACCCACUAGUCCAACACCUGCGGUUGUAAUGGAUGAAAGGUUAAAAGGUUAUGCAGAGAAAUAUCCCAACAUUCCCGUGGUGAACGUUACAUCUUAUGAUGAUCCCCAGUCACGCCAUGAUGUCAAUCUACAGUACGAGGAUGAGGCGGAGGCCUACAAUAAGUUUAAGAGCCAUGGCUACUUUACACCCCACCCUAAUGCAGAAUUGGAUCGCAACUUGAAUCAAAGGGAAAUAAUCCAGGAUCCACCUCGUGUACCGACACAGAGGAGAAGAUCAUUUGGUGAAGAUGAGGACAUGCAUCAGCGAUCAAACAGUGCUCCUUCCAAAAAAGUAGAGGAUGACUUUGGGAUCCACAGAGUGAAUGGUACUGACCACCCCAACUCUCCAGAUGAUUCUAAGAUUACUAGUGGUAGUAUGAGGGGUAUGGCCCCAGAAACACCAGAAAAUAGGGCCUUCCUUCUCAAAAUACUGGAUUUAGUUGAUCGAUAUUGGAAUGGUUCAAAGUCCCUACAUAAGCAUGCCAAGUUCAAAGCUCUUGCCUAUGGUGUGAUUGAAAACUUCAUGAAAUCAGACAACGAGACAGAAAAGCGGCAUCAACUAGAGGGUCAUCUAAAAACUCUCCAGGAUGAGAACUACCAUCUGAGGAAGUAUGAAGAAGCCACCAAAGCCAACUUAGCAGAUAGUUCUGUCAACGAAUCCCAACUGAAAAACUCCCUCACAAAAGCCUACAAAGAUGUGGAGCAACUUAAGGACAAGUUACAGAAGUACAUGAAUGAAAAUAGAAAGCUGUCAUUUCAACUCAAAGAAGUGGAGGACUCAAAACUCUCAACAGUCUCCAGUCUCAAUCCAGCACAACUUGAUGACUUACAAAGACAGAAUGAGAUACUGAAGUCCGAGGUGGAAAUGUUACAGAUCAGACUGAAACAGUUUGGUCAGGUUCAGGAACUAGCCUCUAUGUUACAGCAGAGUCACAAAUCAUUAGUGAAUACAAAUGACCAUCUGCUGAAGGAAAUGGAGGACACUAAACGUCGACAUCACAACGAAAUUCAGCAGAUGAACUGGAGUUAUGAACAGCUGAAGAAAUCUAUAAACCUGUCUCGGGAGAACACCAGCCUGGUGCGGGAGGGACUUUCCCGGGGACCAGGGAGACAGGACUAUCACAGUACAGAUAAACUGUCAGGAUCAGCGCUGUUUUACAGGGAUACUGAAUCAUAGCCUCAGGUUCUUUGUUUAUGAUAACACAUACAGGUACAUGUACUGGUCAGAUAUGGUUUUAUCAACAAUAUUAAUUUUAAAACAUUUAUUUACUGUAAAGUCAUUAUUUUAGGCUUCAAUGAGGUUAGGAAACCUCUUACUUAAUGUUUAAACUUUAUGUG